UCUCUGGGUGGUGCUGCGCCGCCCGGUCUGUCCUGCGGCCCGGCUCGGCUCGGCGCGGCCCGGCUCGGCUCGGCUCAGCCCCGCACCAUGGAGGCUUUCUGCGGCUCCCGCUUUUGGGAUCCCAACAUUUCGGUGUACACCAACAAUCCGGACCUAACGCCGUGUUUUCAGAAUACCAUCUUAGCAUGGAUCCCUAGCAUUUACCUCUGGGCUGUCUUACCCUUAUAUCUCCUCUAUCUAAAACACUACAAAAGAGGAUACAUCGUACUCUCCAUUCUGAGCAGGUUCAAGACGAUUUUAGGUGUUCUGCUGUGGUGUGUGUGCUGGGCAGACCUAUUCUUCUCCUUCCAUGAACUCCUGCAAAGCAGAACCCCGCCUCCUGUCUAUUUUGUCACUCCCCUAAUUGUUGGCAUCACAAUGGUAUUAGCCACAGUACUCCUUCAGUAUGAGAGGCUGCGAGGGGUUCAGUCCUCAGGAGUGCUCAUAAUAUUCUGGUUUUUGUCUGUUCUCUGUGCCGUGGGUCCUUUCCGGUCCAAGAUCAUUGCUGCAACAGCUCAGGGCCAAAUAAAAGACAGGUUCAGAUUUACCACAUUUUUCAGCUACUUUGCACUGAUACUCAUUGAGCUCAUCCUUUCGUGUUUUAAAGAAAACCCUCCAUUUUUCUCCCCUGUUAAUUCAGAUCCUAAUCCGUGUCCAGAGUUAAAUUCAGGCUUUCUUUCAAAGAUGACAUUUUGGUGGUUUACACGCAUGGUAAUUCUUGGUUAUAAGAGUCCUCUGGAAGAUAAAGACUUAUGGUCACUGAAUAAAGAUGAUACCUCCAGUAUAAUUGUACAACAACUGCAUAAAGAGUGGGAUAAACAAAAAGACGAAUGGAAACAGAAAGAAGACGUGGCAUACGUGAAGACAUCUAACCAUGUGCUGAACCAUGUUGGUGAUGGCCCAGAGGAGGCAGAAGUUCUGAUACAGGACAAGAGGCAGCAUAAAGAGCCUUCCUUUCUCAAAGCAUUGCUAAGAACCUUUGGCCCAUACUUCUUGACUGGCUCUUUCUACAAGCUGAUCCAAGAUCUGCUUUCGUUCGUCAACCCUCAGUUGUUAAGCAUAUUAAUUGGCUUCAUUAAGGAUAAAGAUGCCCCAUCCUGGUGGGGAUUUUUGAUUGCAGCUUUGAUGUUUUUCUCUGCCACGCUGCAGACUAUAAUACUUCACCAGCAUUUCCAGUAUUGCUUUGUUACUGGGAUGAGGCUGAGAACUGGCAUCACUGGGAUGAUAUACAGAAAGUCCUUGGUCAUCACAAACUCAGCAAAGCGCUCCUCUACUGUUGGAGAAAUUGUCAACUUGAUGUCAGUGGAUGCCCAACGGUUCAUGGAUUUGGUGGGUUUCCUGGACAUGUUAUGGUCGGCACCACUUCAGAUUUGUCUAGCUUUAUACUUCCUCUGGCAGACUUUAGGGCCUUCUGUGUUGGCGGGGGUUGCAGUGAUGAUCUUACUAAUCCCAUUGAAUGCUGCAAUUGCUAUAAAAACCAGAGCGUUCCAGGUGGAACAGAUGCGGUAUAAAGAUUCCCGCAUUAAACUAAUGAAUGAGAUUCUGAGUGGCAUAAAGGUACUGAAGCUUUACGCAUGGGAACCAUCCUUCCAAGAGAAAGUGCUGGAGAUACGAAAGAAUGAGCUCCAUGUUCUGAAGAAAGGAGCAUAUCUACAUUGUUUGUCUGUCUUUGCAUGGAUCAGCGCACCAUUUCUGGUUGCGCUGACCACAUUUGCAGUAUAUGUCAGUGUGGAUGAAAACAAUAUUCUGGAUGCAGAGAAAGCCUUUGUCUCCCUCUCCUUGUUUAAUAUCCUACGGUUUCCACUCAACAUGCUUCCACAGGUCAUUAGCAACCUUGCACAGACAAGUGUUUCCCUGAAGAGAAUUCAGCAGUUCCUGAGUCACGAAGAGCUUGAUCCAAAUUGUGUGGAAACCAAGGUGGUUACUCCAGGCUAUGCCAUCACUGUAACAAAUGGGACAUUCAGCUGGGCAAAGGAGCUCAAGCCAUCUCUGAAAGAUAUAAAUUUGCUAGUCCCCAGUGGUUCCUUGGUUGCUGUUGUUGGCCACGUUGGCUGUGGGAAGUCUUCACUGGUAUCAGCUCUUCUUGGUGAAAUGGAAAAGCUUGAAGGACAUGUGGCAGUGAAGGGAUCUGUUGCUUAUGUUCCACAACAAGCCUGGAUUCAGAAUGCCACCCUGAAAGAUAAUAUUUUGUUUGGCCAACAACAUAAUGAACAGAAGUACCAAAAUGUGUUGGAGGCCUGUGCUUUAAAAACUGACCUUGAAGUACUUCCAGGGGGAGAUCAUACUGAGAUAGGAGAGAAGGGCAUCAACCUCUCGGGUGGCCAAAGGCAGAGAGUGAGCAUUGCCCGUGCUGUGUUCAGUGACGCUGAUGUGUACCUGUUAGAUGACCCUCUUUCAGCUGUGGAUUCCCACGUUGCUAAGCACAUCUUUGACAAUGUUAUUGGACCAGAAGGGGCACUUAAAGGAAAAACCCGAAUGCUAGUGACCCAUGGCAUCACCUUUCUGCCUCAGGUGGACCAUAUUGUGGUCCUUGUGGAUGGCAAAAUCUCGGAAAUGGGAUCCUACCAAGAGCUUUUGAAGCAAAAUGGGGCUUUUGCAGAAUUUCUUCAAAAUUAUGCACCUGAUGAAGACAUAGAAGAGGAUGAGCUAACAAUGCUGGAGGAUGAAGAGAUCUUGCUCGCUGAAGAUACACUCAGCAACCACACUGAUCUAGCAGAUAGUGAGCCUGUGACAAAUGAGGUCCGCAAGCAGUUCCUUAGGCAAAUUAGUGUGAUAUCUUCAGAGGGAGAAUGUCCCAAGAAGAUGACCACAAGAAGAAGAGUGUGUGAAAAGAAGUCUGCAGAGUCGCCUCAACCACAAAAAAUUCUCACUGAGAAGCUCAUUCAGGCAGAAACCAGCGAAACAGGAACGGUAAAGCUGACAGUGUUCUGGCAGUACAUGAAGGCUGUUGGCCUCGUGACUUCUUUAGUUGUGUGCUUCCUGUAUGGCUGUCAAAAUGCUGCUGCAAUUGGGGCUAACGUAUGGCUCAGUGACUGGACCAAUGAACCUGUCAUAAAUGGCACUCAGCGUAACACAAGCAUGCGAGUCGGAGUAUAUGCUGCUCUGGGACUCUUGCAAGGUCUGCUAGUGCUGCUCUCUUCCUUCACCCUGGCGAGGGGUGGCAUCAACGCAGCCCAAACACUCCAUGCUGUGCUGCUGGAGAACAAGUUUCACACCCCACAGUCUUUCUUCGACACAACUCCCACAGGCCGAAUCAUCAACCGCUUCUCUAAGGACAUAUAUGUGAUUGAUGAAGUGAUACCACACACUGUCCUGAUGUUCCUAGGAACCUUUUUCACCUCUGUGUCAACUAUGAUUGUAAUCAUAUCGAGCACUCCCCUCUUUGCUGUGGUUAUAAUACCUCUAGCAAUUGUAUAUUUCUUUGUACAGCGGUUCUAUGUGGCUACCUCUCGCCAGUUAAAGCGCCUGGAAUCUGUUAGCAGAUCCCCAAUAUAUUCCCAUUUUUCGGAAACAGUCACAGGGGCCAGUGUCAUCCGAGCCUACAGGAGAGAAAAUUCCUUUGUAUGCCUGAGUGACUUGAAAGUGGAUGAAAAUCACAAAAGUUAUUUUCCCAGCAUUGUUUCCAACAGGUGGCUGGGUGUUCGAGUUGAAUUAAUAGGGAAUUUUGUUGUCCUGUUUGCUGCCCUCUUUGCUGUGUUGGGUAAAAAUAGCCUGAAUGCUGGCCUGGUAGGACUGUCCGUAUCCUAUGCAUUACAGGUGACAAUGUCUCUGAAUUGGAUGGUGCGGAUGACUUCAGACCUAGAAUCCAACAUUGUGGCUGUUGAGAGGGUGAAAGAGUAUUCAGAAACUGAGACUGAGGCUCCCUGGAUAAUUGAAGACAAGAGGCCACCGGAAGACUGGCCAGCACAGGGGGAGGUGGAGUUUAUUGAUUACUCAGUAAGAUAUAGGAAAGGCUUGGAUCUGGUGCUGAAAGGCCUCAGCCUCAGAGUGAAAGGUGGAGAAAAGAUUGGAAUUGUUGGAAGAACUGGAGCAGGGAAGUCCUCCAUGACCCUCUGCCUCUUUAGGAUUUUGGAAGCUGUAAAGGGAGAAAUUAAAAUAGAUGGUGUGAGAAUUUCAGAGAUUGGUCUUCAUGACCUGCGAUCCAAGAUAACAAUUAUUCCUCAGGACCCUGUUCUUUUUUCUGGAACGCUGAGAAUGAAUUUGGAUCCAUUUAAUAAAUAUUCCGAGGAUGAAAUAUGGAAAGCUCUCGAGCUGUCGCACUUGAAGAGGUUUGUCAGCAGUAAGCCCGAUAAGCUGGAGUACGAAUGCUCAGAAGGAGGAGAAAAUCUCAGUGUCGGUCAAAGGCAGCUUGUCUGUUUGGCAAGAGCCCUCCUUCGGAAAACAAGAAUCCUAGUCCUGGAUGAAGCCACUGCAGCUAUCGACCUCGAGACCGAUGAUCUCAUUCAGAUGACAAUAAGAACUCAGUUUGAAGAUUGCACUGUACUAACAAUAGCACAUCGGCUGAACACAAUAAUGGAUUAUACAAGGGUUCUCGUUCUAGACAAAGGAACAAUAGCUGAAUUUGAUACACCUUCAAGCCUUAUAGCCUCAAGGGGUAUCUUCUAUGGUAUGGCUAAAGAUGCUGGACUAGCAUAGCAAGACUUUUAUAUCAUUGAACGACUGACUUAUCCCAAAAGUGACUCAUGAAUGUACUGUAUUUUACAGAACAGUCUUUGUAAUAGACUAAACUUGUGAUACAUGAAUUGUUACAACUCAUGAUGAUAAGAUGAAUUUUAUAUUUUUUAAAAUAUUUUAUAUAUACAUAAAGUAUUUUAUUAACUGCUUUUUUUUUCUUAAAAGAAUGUCAAAUAUCCUGCCAAGGAAAUGUAUGUAUCACAAGGCAACAUGUAUUGUAUUCUGGUUUAGCAUUAGUUAAAUUAAAACUAGUGAUAUAAAAUA